ACAGAAAUUUAUAGGAACUUUCUAAGUUGUAACUCACUUACCUAUUCAUUUUUCUAAUUUGUUUCUAUUUUUCCUUCCCUCUAACCCCCUACAAGAAAAAUUAAAUUUUUAGCUCCGGCCAGUUUGGGGAUGAGUUAAGGCCAUGAUCUAGCCUAACUGAUUUUUGUAAACUCUCUUCUCAUUUCCAAAAAAAUAUAAAAUCUCCAUACUAGCCAUUUAACAUGUCUACUUGGUGCAAAAAUCAUGAUCAUUAUGAAUGUCAGCAAGAAUUAAUAUCUAAGCUUGUUGAAUCCCAAGAAGCAAUGUUUGAUAAGCUUGUUAAAUCUCAAGAAGCCAUGUUUAGUAGGCUUUGCAAAGUACUCAUCAAGCAGAGUAAUGAUGAUGAUCAAACUGGUGAAGGAUCCGCGGAUGAAGAUGAAGAUUCUGGGUUAAUUGAAAAGGAAGAAAGAACAAAUGAGGUAACUGAUGAUAACGAUGAAGAAGAGGACGAACAAAAUAGCGAUAUUCAAAACAUUGAAUCAGACCACGAACAGGGUGGUCAAAUUAUGAGUACUGAAACUGCUUUGGAGGGAUACGAGCAUCUAUUCAAGGCAGCAAAAUCUGGUGACUGGAAAGAUGCAACAGAAUUUUUCGGAAACAAUCCAGAAGCGAUGCAGAUGAUUACGAAUGAUGAAUGGAAAACAGCACUGCGUAUAGCGGUACUUAAUAAUCAGUUGUUGUCUUUGGAGGAGAUUGUGAAACUCAUGCCACCAGAGGCACUCCAGUAUGACGCAAGGGCGAGAGCAUCCACAGCACUUCAUGAUGCUGCCAUGUAUGGAUACACUGAGGCAGCUGAAGUGUUGGUAAACAACAACUUCAGAUUGACACAGAUACGCGAUACAAAAGGAAGGGUACCUCUCCAAUUAGCUGUUCAAGCUGUCACAAUUGGGCAAACAGAGACGGUUAAGUAUCUUUACUCUGUAACGAGACAUGUGAAGCCAAGUCCAUUCUUAGGUCAUGAUGGUGCUAGAUUAUUAUGCAGUACAAUUGAUGCGAACUUUUACGAUAUAGCACUGUCACUUGUCAAAAGGUUUCCCAAGUUGGUUACAGAGAAGUCACGGGAGCAUGGUAUAUGCGGAUUAGAGUCAAUAACUCAGAGGCCAUUUGCAUUUCUCAGUGGUGCAAAGCUGACAUGGUGGCAACGCAAAAUUUAUGCAUUAACUCCUGUGGACAUGGAUUCUACAUCGAACCAUGGCGCCCAGGCAGACGAACGGACUGCUUCUACAUCAGUAGAAUGCACCCAACAAGAUGAAGAGAACCCUUUAUAUAUCUCGGAAGUCCCCCAAGUACUUGAAAAAAAUCUUUCCAAGAGCUCAAAUGUCAACUCAACAAUCGCUGAUAAAGGGAUAAUGGCCAUAUUCGCAUCAGUUUAUCACAUGCCCAAUAUGACGCGAGUUCUUCAUAUCAAGCAGUACUUAUACCGACAGAAGUUGAUGCACAAACAAGCCCUCGCAUUAGUCAGAGAAAUGUUCGGGCAGAUCGAUAAAGCAGUAACGGACAAGUCUCAGAUAGUAGAGUAUUUUAGUGAGAACUCGAACCUCAUAAAGACAGCUAUAAAGAAUGGUACUAAAGAGGUUAUAGUGGAGUGUCUUAAAAAGUUUCCUUUCCUUAUUUGGCAUCAAUUAGGGGGACAGACAAUGAUACAAAUGGCUAUUGCCGAGCGAAAUGAAAAGAUUUUCGAUGUCAUAUGUGAAACCAGUGGUAAAGAUAAGAUCGAUUUGGUUUCCAGAAAAGAUAAAAAGGGUUACACUCUCUUGCAUCACGCUGCCAAGAUUGCACCUCCACUGCAACUCAAUUCUGUAAGCGGUGCAGCUCUCCAGGUGCAACGUGAAUUGCAAUGGUUUAGGGGGGUGGAGAGUCUUAUACCGGUAGAAGAUAAGUUUAGGAGAAACAGAAAAGGAUUUACAGCUCAGUACUUAUUUACACAACAACACAAGAAAUUGGUAGAAAAAGGAGGGCAAUGGAUGAAAGACACAUCUGGAUCGUGCAUGGUAGUUGCUGCCCUCAUUACUACUGUGGCAUUUGCAGCUGUUUUCACGGUCCCGGGAGGUAAUAUUAGUGAUACUAAUAGCGCCAAGAAUGGUACACCAAUUUUCUUGCGAAAGACCUCAUUCACGGUCUUUAUUAUAGCAGAUGCACUAGCUCUAUUCUCUUCCAUCACAUCUGUGCUUAUGUUCUUAGCUAUUCUUACGUCCAGACAUGCGGAAAUAGACUUUUUCAAAUCCCUGCCACAAAAACUGAUUAUUGGUCUUGCAACUCUAUUUAUAUCUAUGGCCACCAUAUUGGUAGCUUUUGGCGCAUCACUGUUUAUCGUGCUCGGUGAUAGAUUCCCAUGGUCUCCAAUUCCCAUAACAUUGUUUGGUUGUAUUCCUUUGAGCUUGUUUGCAUCAUUGCAGUUGCCAUUGUUUAUUGAAAUGGUUCGCUCCACAUACUGGAAUAGCCUCUUGGGGAAUCACAGAUAUGUUCAACAAAGUAAUGAUAAAGAGAAGGUGAAUUAAACCAAGAGAUAAUUCUGCAAAGUGUGACCGAAGGAAAUAUGUAAAUAGUUUUAAUGCUUGGUGGCUCUCCAAAUCACAUAUGCCUGCAUACAUGUAUGAUGUACGCGUACCCCUUUUUGCUCAUUUAUUCCAGUGUAGUGAAUGGCAUUCCUCUAAUUUGAAUUAUUAUUUCUCUGAUCAA